CCUGAUGUAAACAAAGCGGCGGAGGGUGACCAAAGGGUGACCUCGAGACACACUUUCUACACUCUUUUCCUUCACUCUAAGACGCGUUGUGAGGUGUGAGACUUGAUUUGCUACAAUGUAAGGCUUCAGAGAUGCCCCCUGACUUGCCUGAGGCAACGAGCCUCUCCUCGGUGGUCACUAGUGUUUCCAGCAGAAGUGCCGGAGCUGGUGACCGAGAAGAUCCUGCAAAACAAGAAAAUGGAACGGAACACUCAAGCACUUCCAGCACCCCGACAAAUGUUGAAACUGGAGGUUCCCAGCCUCCCAGUGCAGCAGGUGGUGGCUGUAAAAUGUAUUAUAUCACACCUCAGCUCAGAGAUGCCUUUGCUUCUGUUGGAGCGGUGCAUAAACCAUACCAGUUUAAAGAGGUUCUGCAGUUGCUGAAGACUUAUCUUUAUAGUAAUCGCAGCUUAUUCGACCCACAAGAUAUUCACUAUGUUAAUUGUGGUGGUGAUUCCCUUGGGAAAGCUUUCGGAGUAAAUCGAUUUCACUUUAAUGAUGUAAGGACUCUGGUAGCUAAGAAUCUGAUUCCUGUGGAAUCAAGGUUCCAGACACAGCCUGUAAAUCAGGAACCGGCAUCAAAUGGAUCUUUAGAUCCGUCAAGUAAUAUCAAUAGUAAUAGUGUAAGGACACAAAAUACAGCAAAUGUAAAUAAUAAUGUAGAUACAACCAAUGACAAAACAGAGACAGGUGUUUCAGAAGCCCCUGUCAAUACAGUGAAUACCCAGAAUGGUGAAGCAAGUGCAGAACCCCAAACACUUCCUGGAUCAUCCAGAAGUAGUCAGAGAACCAUUUCAGGCAACAGAAGAUCCAAGAGUUUUGCUGGUGUGUACAAGUUCUGUAUCCCAGAAGUUCCUGACACAAAUUCAGAAUCAGAGACGGAUUAUAGUUGUCAAGGAUAUGAAACUGCAUACUGCCGGAACACAGAGUUUGAGGAGAGCAGCUCAGAAACAGACUGCUACAUCGACGAGUAUGAAAUUGCCUCUUUUGAUGAGCAAGACCAGAAACAGUCUGACGAGGGAGAUUCUGAUAUUGAGGAUGUAGAGGUGGCCGUGUUUGCUAUCCAUGCGCUCUGCCAGGAUGACUCCGAGCAGGGCUUCUGGGCAGACGACUCGCAGACCGAGAGCCAGUCAACAGACUCGGACCCGGAGCUUGUGGCGGAGAGGUGGAACUGCCUCAGCUGCGGCCUGCGCAACAAGCCCUUUGUGCGUUACUGCGGGAAGUGUUGGCAGCUAAGAAAGGACUGGCUCCCAGAACGAUCCAAGAAGAGAAAGAGAAGGAAACCGAGGCCCAAAAAGAAGGCUAAGAAAUUGAAAGAGCAGACUGAGGAGCAGAAGAAGAAGCAGGAACACUCAGCAGAAAAGCCCAGCCUGCCAGGGGAUGCAGCAGGCCCCUCCCACAAAAAGGAGGUGCUCCUAAUAUCUAGCACGCUGGAGACGCCACCCACGGGUUCACUGGAUCGUUACGGCUCCCAAGACUCUGGGAUAUUCAUGUCCCAGGAAAGUCUGAAUGAUUUCAGUAAUGAUUCUGCAGCUGCAAUUAAUGCGAAAACAGAGCCGGGAUCCACUGAGUUUGUCAAGCCGGAGGGGCGGUCCCCUUUAUCUCGGCAGUUGUCUCUCCCCAGCAGUUGUGACAAUGAGGACGGCAAGGUCAGGAGGAAAAGGAGGUCAUCCCUUUCCCUGGAAGUGGAAAUGCCUCCUUCCAAAGCCUCGAAAUCUUCCGACUGGCCAGGAAAAGAAGACAGCCAGAAUGAUGAGUCUGAUGCUCGGUCCGAAGAAUUCAUCAAGUUCUUGCAGUCGAGUGCAGGAAAGAAGUGCUUUUUACAGUUCCUGCAGUCGAAUUCUGGGAGGGAUUGGCUCAGGUCAGAUGGUAAAUUGUUCCAGUGGUCCCAGCCAGUACAAGAAACAUGCAUGGAAGCCCUUGGAACCAGCACCACUUCUAGCUUGUCUGGCAGAUGUUCACCCGAAACCAUAUCAGGGUUCUCCCUCUUGUGCUCCAUUUGCUGUUUACGUCCCAAAAAUGCAUCAAUUAUUCACGGUAGACUGUCGCACCAAGCCACCUGCUACCAGUGUGCCAGGCGCUUACAUGAUAGUGGUGGGCGAUGUCCUGUGUGCCGCCGAAAAAUACACAUGGUAUGUAAGCACAUCAUUGCAUGAGGUACAUUUUUGUAUAGUUCCAUGAUUGUGUAGAUAUGUAAAAUAAUUGUCUAGAGAAGAAGAGAGAGAAAAUUGUAUUCUUCUGUUUGAAUGAAUGGCUGGAUUUUUUUCUUUAUCUUUAUUAUUAUAUAAUUUUUGUUUUUAUUUGAUUUUAGUUUAUGUUGUUUCUGGUUUCUGUUUUACAUAUCUUGAUACCCACAAAAUGAGUAACUUCUAAAAACAUGAGUUUAUAUAACCAACCAUGCAUGUGGUAGAUAUUUUUUACUUAGAUAUGAAUGAUUAACCACUUUGAUGAGUUGGCAAGAACAGGCAUUUCCAACCUAGAGAAGCUAUCCACUCUAUAGGUCUUCCACAAAAGACAAAAAGUACCGUAUUUGACAGCUUACAUACUCUCUCUUGGACGAGCUUUGACUGUCGCUUCAUUUGCUCUUCCAGGUCUCCCCUUCUUACUUAAUUACAGUGUGCAGAACAUGUUUAAAAAUAGCCAUGUCUUGCAGUUUUAAAGUUUAGUUUCAGUGUUAAGUGGUUUUACACAUUACUUUAAUAAAAAAUAUGAGGAAGAGAUUUUUCCUGAUUAUUUAGUUUCAUUAGAUCAGUUUAUAUGUUGUUACAUUUAUGAUUUUCAAAGAUUAUUUUUUCCAGUGGUUGCUUUAUACUGCAUGAAAGCAGAGUUGUAAUCUGGUUUACAUUUUCAUUUGUUAUGAUUACAGGGCUGUACAUUUUUGUGUUUAUGAAUGGAUCAUGCAGAUAUAUAUUGUAUCAGUAGUAUAUUUAUAUUUGAAUCUUUCCAAAACUAAAUCAAAUAAUGAUGGAAGUAUGCAUUCUAGACAGAGUCGUAAGUAAUAUUCCUUUAUAAUCUUUAUAUCACGUGAUUGUUAUAAAAGUAGAGAUGUCAGUAUUAGGUGAAGAACAGGUAUAAACUUGCAUUUUGAAAGCUGAAAGCAUUGAGCAGUUAUUCUGUUGCAGUGGAGAGUAACUUCUGUUUGAAAGAUAUGACAUCAUCUCACUUCAGAGAGUUGUUACUUUUAUAUGAUGAGUUUUCUUUCACAGGAUGUGAAUGCUUUUGUAAAAUGUCGUAAAAUGGAGUCAUUAGUGGUAAGAUUCGUAAUUCCUAAUUUUUUUUUAACAAUAUAAGUGUGCUGUUUGACUUGUUUUGACCCACUGUAUAUAAUAAAGAUAUAGAUGUUAA